AUGGUUCCGUCCGCAUUGGCAGAAGGCCGCUCUUAUCUCCGUGACAUCCAAGAAAAAGAGGAACAACUCGCCAUCAAUGGAAAAGAAGGCACCUGUUUUAUCACUCAAAAUGAAGGAGCUUUAAAACAUUUGCCUACGAAGUCGCUGAAUAUGCGGUGGAUUCACAGGAUACGUUUGAUGCGUCUCCUUAUUAAAGAGGAGAAAAGCCUGCAAAAAAAGGAGAUCCGCAAUUAUUUUCGAGAAAGCUUCUUUCAAAGCACAUUUUGGAUGAUCUGGUCGACACACUUAAGUAUUUUGAGCUGCCUGGAUCUGACUGGCCAUUAUCAAUACGAGGCUAUUUAUCUUCCAUUAUAUCUUUUUCUCCAGAGCCAGGGCGUGGAUUUUCAGUUCGGCAUCAAAAUAAGGAAUGUCGAAACCACGGUCAACCAGGAUUAUCAUACAAUCAGGCAGCUAGCCGUUUCUCAGCACGGAUUUGAUUUCAAAAAAUCUCUAGGCCAUAGCGAUAUCGUCAUUGCUACACCGGGCUCAACUGUGUCAGGUUCUGCAAUUGGAACAAAUGAUCUCCCGCCAGCUUGGAAUUCAGUUCAAGCAAGCGAUAAUCUCGACGCAAAUUGGGCACUAUGGUUGGAAGCUGGAAAUAAAUAUCCUGACUAUGGCAACCCUUACACCUUCUGCACACGCAAAUCCGAAUCUAUGGUGGUAUCCUUCACUGUUACCACCGGAGAUAUCGGAUUCGUCGAAUUUCUUCAGUCUUCGUCGCAGUGCACAUCUCAGUCUGGUGCAAUAAUUUUCAUGAAGAAUAGUAACUGGGGCUUGAGGCUUUGUCUCCCUGUCCAGCCCGUGUUUGCUCAACAGCCGCAAAACGUCCGUAUACUCUGGGGCUUUGCUCUACGUCCCGAAAACGAAGGCGAGCAUGUCAAAAAGAACAUGCUUUUUUGUUCCGGUGCAGAAGUCAUGUCCGAAAUCCUACAUUAUCUGGGUCCCUCUGGCGAAAUGGCCACAGAAUUUUUACAGCGUUCUAUUACCAUACCACGCGCCAUGCCAAGGAUGAGCUCGACAUUAUUGACCAGAUCCCUCGAAGAUCGCCCUUGCAUUAACCCAAAAUCAGUCGUAAACCUCGCUCUGGUUGGGCCUUUUGUCGAGGUUCCAUGGCGAACUUGUGUGGACACAAGCUACGGUGUGCACACGGCACGGGCAGCCGUAUCACGUCUUAUGGGUCUUCAAGACUCUCCUAAAGUAUCUUCUGGCCCGUCAUUCUCGAGGCUUUUGGUUACUCUGCUAUGUAAAUGA